GCGCAAACUUUACGCACACGUCCCGUCAGAAGCUCUGAAGCGCAGCAGGAGCGGGAGCAGGAGGCAAAAAAGGUUAAAUUCUGUCCAACCUGGAAACAAAUGACUCAAGACUUCUGAAGAGCUAAGACUUUGGCAUCUUUUUUUCAGCAGAAUGACGAUUCAGAAGUAUUCCUCUUUUUUCUGCUUUGUGAUUUUAACUUUGGACAUCUGUGCAAGCCAGAAAGACUGCUCAGGUGUGGUCUGUCCCGUUCUGCAAAACUGCAUCGAAACUGUCUUAGAGACAGGUGCCUGCUGCCCCAAAUGUAUGGAAAGGGGAUGCAUCUGCGAAGGGUACCAGUAUUACGACUGUAUCCAAGUUGGCUUCCAAAACGGGAGAGUCCCAGAGGGAGAAUCCUACUUUGUGGAUUUCGGAAGCACGGAAUGCUCCUGUCCUCAGGGAGGAGGGAAGAUAAGCUGUCGUUUCAUUCAGUGUCCUGAAAUUCCCCCAAACUGCAUUGAUGUUUUACAACCUGCAGAUGGAUGCUCUGAGUGUGGGCGGAUCGGCUGUACCCACGGCAACAAGAAAUAUGAGGCAGGACACUCUUUUCGGGCAGACAACUGCCAAGUUUGUCAUUGUCCAAAUGAAGGGGGCAAGAUAAUGUGCUCACCCAUCCCUGACUGUGACUUACACAGUGUUGAUAAGUCUAUAGGGGUGACGACUACUGGGAACAGCAGCCCAUUCAGAGACAUAAGCGGCGGGCAUGGCACUUCACAAAAAAGUCUUGUGGAGCCCUUUUCCAAGCUUGCACUGGGAAACACUCUGCCGCUGUAUAAACAGGACCCACCCAGAGUUGGCUCAGAGGACCAUGACUACUCUCGGGAAGAACCAACAUCUUCUACUAUUUUGAAUUUGGCCCAACUGGUGGAAUCAAGUACCUUGCCCUUGUCUUACCCAGAGUCAAAUGCUACUUUAAUCUCUCAUGGUGGCAGGAGGAAUGAGAAGAAGCAAACUCAAAGAAAACCUAAUCUAGUGAGGAGCACUGAAGAAAAGCCUUCACAGAGCAUGAAUCAAACUUCUGCAGGGGCGCAAACCAGAGCAUCACCUACAACCACAACCAAGGAGGGAAUGGCCACAGAGAUCCACAGGCAACAGCAGGAACUUGGAGAACGCUCUACGAGGAAUAACAAUGGAAAAAACAGUGAGAUGCAGGACCCUGCAAGAGACUCAUGGCAUGGUACCCGUACGAGAACAGGACUCCGGAGCUUUGAGCAGCACAAUCGUGGUCAGAGUAGUUCUAAUGGUGGUCAACUCCAUUCAGCCAUCCCACCCAAACAAGAAAAAGUGUCAGAAAAGCCUAAUCACAUGCCUGACGUUCAAUUUGGUUCCACUGAAAGAGCCUCAAUCAGGAUAAAUGAGGACAGCGAGGACCCUCAAACCUUCAUCACCCACCGCUCAUCAGUAGCAGAAAACUCAAAACUGUCUGCCAAGGAGCUGAUGAAGACCUGCUGUGAGACUGGUGAAAAAUGGGCUUCAGCUAAUGGGCACUGCAACAACAUGGAGCCACCUACAAAAGACAGGCAGUCCAUUUGCUGGACUGCCCAACAACAGUGCUGCCUCGGCUCCCUAACAGAAGCUCAGUGCUUGGCUGGAAUAAACGCAGCCAGGGCAGGAAGAACGUGUAGAGAGGGUGCCAGCACCAAAUGUGGAAUCCAUUCCUACAAGGACUGCUGUGGCUGCUGCUCUCUUGGGCUGCAGUUCCGUAAAGAGGGGCAUGCGUGUGAAGCCCACCACUCCCUGGGUUACCACUGCCAACACAUCUUUCUGACCUGCUGUGAGGGGAAGGAGAUUAAACCCACAAUCAGAGAAAGACCUGCUCUGGACACAACUUCAGCCCCAAGAAAAGUGUCAGACGGCCUGUUUCCAAGAGAAGCCUUCUCUAUGGGUGAGGACCGUGAUGGGGAAAAUGCAGUGGAAGGCCCUGUUGAGGUUGAGGACAUGGAUGAGUGUCUGAUAUACAAGGGCAGGAUCUGCCACCACAGAUGCGUCAACACGCCAGGCUCUUAUCGGUGCGAGUGCUACCCAGGGCACGUGCUGCAAGAGGACGCCAUCACAUGCGCACAAGAUUCAGUGGAUGAAGAGAACAGAUUAAAGGAGAUUGACAGAACAGCAGUGAAGAACACCUCACCGCCUCUGCCUCCCACCUUGCCUGCUGUCCCAAUCAACCCCUGUGAAGGAAACAUCUGUGAGCAACAGUGUGUCCUAGUGGCAGGAAGGCCGCAGUGCUCUUGUUCUCUAGGGUUCUCCCUGAAAGCUGAUGGACGCUCCUGUGAAGAUGUAAAUGAGUGUUUAUCCUCAAACGCUUGCCUGUUAAAUGAGCGUUGCAUGAACACUCAGGGGAGUUAUGUUUGUCAGAGACUGAUCACCUGUCUGCCUGGACAACAGAUCAACAAUGACGUUUGUGAAGAUAUCGAUGAAUGUGCACAAAGAAGUCAUAACUGUGCGGUUGACUCUGAAUGUGUGAAUACUCAGGGAUCAUUCAGAUGCUCUCCCAAGGCUCGUUGUGCUGGAGGCUUUAUUAAGGACACACAGGGAAACUGUGUGGACAUAGAUGAGUGCGGUACUUUGACCCAGACCUGUAACCCAAGAUCCAGCUGUAUCAACACAGUAGGAUCUUACAUCUGCAACAGGAGGAUAAUAUGUAGCCGUGGCUAUCAUGCUAGUCCUAAUGGCUCCAGAUGUGUCGAUGUAAACGAAUGUGAAAGCAGCCUGCAUCAGUGUGGAGAGGGCCAGCUGUGUGUCAAUUUACCUGGUUCCUAUCGUUGUGAGUGCCAGGCAGGCUACCAGUAUGACUCAUUCAGGAGGAUGUGCACAGAUGUAAACGAGUGUUGGCGCUACCCGGGCCGGCUUUGUGCCCAGACCUGCGUGAACACCCCAGGCUCCUAUGAAUGCUCGUGUACCUCUGGUUUCCGCUUAUCUGGUGAUAGCAAAAACUGUGAAGAUGUAAACGAGUGUCUGGCUAACCCAUGUAGUCAGGAGUGUGCCAACAUCUACGGUUCAUACCAGUGCUACUGCAGACAGGGAUACUACCUCCGAGAAGAUGGGAAGACCUGUGAUGAUAUUGAUGAGUGUUCCCGGAGCAUUGGUCCUCUAUGCACCUAUAAGUGCGUAAACGUUCCAGGGAGUUACCGCUGCGCUUGUCCUGAAUAUGGGUACACCAUGUCUUCAAAUGGACGAUCCUGCAUUGACAUUGAUGAGUGUGCUGCAGGAGUCCACAACUGCUCUUUAGCUGACACGUGCUACAACAUUCAAGGAAGCUACCGCUGUCUUUCUCUGAGCUGUCCUCAGAACUACCGCAAAGUGUCCGACACACGCUGUGAGCGGAUCAGCUGCCCGAACUACCUGGAGUGUCAAAACUCUCCUCUGAGAAUCACAUACUACUACCUCAGCUUCCAGUCCAACAUUGUUAUUCCCGCUCAGAUCUUCCGCAUCGGACCAUCCCCUGCCUAUUCUGGAGACAAUGUUAUUGUCACUAUCACCCAAGGAAACGAGGAAAACUACUUCAGCACAAGAAAGCUAAAUGCCUACACUGGGGCUGUGUUCCUACAGAGACAAGUUCAGGGUCCAAGGGACUUCCUCAUCACAGUGGAGAUGAAACUUUGGAGACAGGGGGCGUUCACCACUUUCCAGGCCCGGAUCUACGUUUUCAUCACAGCCAACUUGCUGUAACGGCUGCAGCGCUGAACUGAGGAACGUCUCAAGAACAUCUAGUCACUGUUUAACAAUGCAUCUUAUCACCACUUUUGAUUUUGAAACAAGUCCUGCUCUCUGUAGCGUAUGCUUUUGAACAUUCCUGUAAAAGAAAAUGGAUGCUUCAUGCAACUUCAGGACUUUACCCAAGUGUAUUUUUCUCCUAAAUUUGUACUGAAAUUGGUUCCAGACACCAAAAAAACCUUUUUUAAUCCACAUGUUUUUUACAUAAUACUGAGUAAAAAAAAUAAAAUGUUUUUUUGUUGUUGUUGUUUCAACUACAGAUGCAUUUCUGAUCAGGAAAUCCUGAUUUCACAUUUAUGCAGUAUUUUACUUGCUAUGACAUCAACAGUCUAUUAUAUUUUUCUUAACCUGCACUGCUGACUUUUUUUUAAAAACAAUUUUAGUUAUUUGUUGUCUAUUGUCACUCCAUAAAGUUAUAUAUUAUAUCUGUGGAUGUAUCAUACCUUUAUUCUGGAUUAAAAUAUUAUGAAAUUAUUUUAGUAAAGUUAAAAAAGAAAAAGA